UAAAAUUCUGUUCAGUCCAACGUGGGGGCUCCGGGGACACCUGCCAGCGCCCAUGCGUGCCUUGCUGGGAAUGAUGUGCAGGAAGUGGGGCGGGGGUGGCUGCCGGGUGCUCUGCCUCCCCUCUCCCGGCGUCACCGUGGGUCUGUUCUUUGCAUCCCCACCACCGUGGGAGCACCCACGCCAGACACCCACCCCGGCAGCGCAGAACCACCCGCGGCAAACCCACGGCGUCCCUUUGCCCCCGCCCGUCUGCAGAGCCGGUUCCCCCGCGGAGCACUGCCCGGAGCGCGGGGCGGCGCUUGGGGAAACUGAGGCAUCUGGCAGGGGGUGUGGGGGGUACCGGACCAGCCCCGGGACGGGCCCCCCUCGGCGGGGGAAGAGGUGGCUAGGGGGGUGGGUGGGUUAAAUUUUUAUGAAUGGGGCCGCCCCGCCUGCCAUCGCCGGGCGUCAGCAGCGAGCGGCGGCGGGCGGCGCUCCCCGGUGCCUCCCGCUCCGCUCCGCGCCCGCUCCGCCGAUGGCCGCCGGCCGCCGCGCUCCUCCGGAGCCCGGCGGGGGCCCGGUGCUGCUUCAAGGCAUCUUCGGCGCGGGGCCGGCCCCCGGUGCCGCGGCCUGCUCGCUGUGCCUGACGGCCCGGGAGCUGCAGGUGCGGCGUGCCGGCGGCUGCCCGGGCGGCUCGGCCGGUCCCGACGCCGCGCUCCGCCUGGCCGACUGCGUGGGCUCGGCCGCUUUCCCCGCGGCCGCGGCCGCCGCCUGCUUCUCGCUGGUGUGUUACCCGCUGCGGGGGCCGCGCUGGGGGCCGCCCUCCCGCCAGCGCCUGGAGCGGACCUUCCGCGUCUCCCGGGGUCCCGACGCCGAGGGCAACCUGCGCAUCGCCCAGGCCUGGAGCCGCCGCAUCCGCGAGCUCGCCGUGCCCGCCGUGCCCGCGCAGGACGGUGACAGCUAUGGGGUGCUGCCCCGGCCCUGCCACGCGCUGGUGCUGCUGAACCCACAGAGCGGCUCUGGCCGUGCCCUUGAUGACUUCCAGGCAGUGGUGCAGCCCAUGCUGGCUGAGGCUGACAUUGCCACCACUGUCUUCGUCACCGAAAGACCCCACCAUGCGCAUGAGAAGGUGCGAGAUGAGGACCUGUCGCAGUGGGACACGUUGGUGGUCAUGUCUGGGGACGGGCUGCUGUUCGAGGUGGUGAACGGGCUGAUGGAGCGUCCAGACUGGAAGGAGGCCAUGAAGAAGCCUCUGUGCAUCCUGCCAGGAGGCUCUGGGAACGCCCUGGCUGCCUCUAUCAACUACUAUGCAGGCUACGACCACGUUGCCAAGAAAAAGCUGCUGACGAACUGCACCUUCAUCCUGUGCAAGGGGCUGUACACGCAGAUGGACCUGGUGUCGCUGAGCACGGCCUCGGGCAAGCGCUUCUUCUCCUUCCUGGGCUUUGGCUGGGGCUUCAUCUCGGACGUGGACAUCGACAGCGAGAAGUACCGCUGGCUGGGCAGCGCCCGCUUCACCCUGGGCACCCUGCAGUGCCUGGCCAAGCUCAGGGUGUACCAGGGCCGCCUGUCCUACCUGCCCGUCGCGGCGGAGCAGAGCAGCUCUGUGGCACCCCGGGACCCCCCCGCGCCCGUCACCAACGGCCACAUCCCGCAGCCGGCGGGGACGGAGGCGCCCGGCUCCCCGCCCCCCGACUCGCUGCUGGCGCCGCUGGGCCAGCCCGUGCCGGCGCACUGGACCGUGGUCCCCGAGGAGGAGUUUGUCCUGGUCUACGCCAUCUACCAGUCCCACCUGGGCACCAACCUGCUGAUGGCACCGGCGGCCCGGCUGCACGACGGCUGCAUCCACCUCUUCUACAUGAAGGCCGGCAUCAGCCGCGUGACGCUGCUGAAGCUCUUCCUGGCCAUGUCCAGGGGGACCCACCUGGACUUGAACUGUCCCCACCUGUCCUACGUCCCCGUCCGGGCGUUCCGCCUGGAGCCGCGGGUGGCCGCGGGCAUCAUGACAGUGGAUGGGGAGGCGCUGGCCUGCGAGCCCGUGCAGGGCCAGGUCCAUGCCCGCCUCUGCCGCGUCCUCAGCGGCUCCUGAGCUCCCCGUUCGCCCUCCCUGCAGCGCUGAGCUGCCGGCACGGCCCGGCGCGAGGGUGGCAGAGCCUUCCUCCCACUCAGGAACCCCCUCCUUCCGUAGCAAUAGGUCUUGGGGGGGGCGUGGGGCUCAUCCCCUCGCUUGCCCCCACGCUUAGCUUUACCCCUUUGGGACAGCCACCAGAGCUGUUCCAAAAAUGAGCCACAAGCCCCAUCAGGUACUCGGUGCCGGCGAGAUGCCAGCGUGUUUUAUCCUGGUACGAGGUCCCGGCCCCCAGGCGGCUGCGCCGGCACAGCCCCGUCCCCUCCCCGGCUCGGACGCACACGGUGGCAUUGCUGUGUCCCCGCCCCGGAGCCAGUGCCACCCCCCCAGGGAGGGUCAGGACCAAUAGAUCUAAUACAAUAAACCGACUUUUUAAAGAAUGUUUCUACCCAAAGCUUCCUGUAGAAGCGGAGUUUAUUCUUGUGAGAACUACAAAAUAAAUAUCUAGCGUUUGC